GCAACCGCAUCAAUCCAUCGGGAAGUCAGAGGCCCACUGGCCACAUUACUUUUGACUCUUUUGAGAGAGGAAAGAUAGAGAGGGGUGCCCAGUACUAGUACUGUAAAUUAGAGAGCUGCAGAGAAACUCAAUUCAAAGGCAUCAACCGACGAAGCCAACCUUCAUCUGUGUUAUAUCCAUUAACAUCGAUCGAUCCGUCGUUUUCUCCCUCUGAACCAUCAUGACCAAAGCGCCUCCAGAAAUAGAUAGAACUGUCAGUCCCACCUCCAGCAAAGCUCACCGGCUCAAACACCACCACCAACGCGCCCUCUCAUCACCACUAUUCUCUCAUGCCUACUCCCCUAAACUGUCCAUCUUUGUCUUAGCCACCUGUGUCGUCCUCUUCGUUCUCCUCCAUAUCCAAUACUCCCUCCAAACCCCACCAUCUGAUCCCCCUUCACCCUCAUGGUCUCUCAUGCACCAAUGGCAGAGAGUCAUCAACACGACCAUCGGAACCUCCUCCACCGAGUUGAUCUGCACCAACAAGCUCAAAUCCAUGGCCGACCACCUCCGACAGUCGGUCACGUUUCUCCCACUCAAAGAUUUACGUUACACACAAACCGCUCUUCAAGGCCAUACGUGGUUCAUGAGCUCCAUGUAUGAUAUUCACGAAGAAGGUGAGGUGCAAUAUCAGCAAUUCCCCUCGGAAUCCUCACAGGGCAGGCUUCUUUGCCUCAAAGGGCGUGACAAGCAUGACGGUUCCUGGAACUCCUACGCACUCGCAUGGCCAGAGACUUUACCCUUCAAUGCUACGCUCAUGAAGGGCCUAACCUUCGUGUCGUACAACCACUACAACUACGACAAUAUAUGGCAUGGUUUGUCGGCUAUGGUACCUUUCGUGGCCUGGCACAGGAACAACGGGUGCGCGAUGCCAACUAGGUGGGUUUUGUACCACUGGGGUGAGCUCAGGCUCAAGAUGGGACUGUGGUUGACGACUUUAAUGGAUGCCACCUUCGGUGGGAAACCGUACAUUGAAGGGUUCGAAGAGGUUGGUGAAGAUGAGCCAGUUUGCUUUGAGAAGUCUGUGGUGAUGAGGCACAAUGAGGGAGGGAUGUCGAGGGAGAGGAGGAUGGAAGCGUAUGAUUUGAUGAGGUGCAAGGCUAGGGUGUACUGUAACGUGAGCUUGGAAGGGAGGGGUACCGAGGUGAAUAGCCGGGGAGUACCGGUGAUUGGAAUGACCAUGUUUAUGCGAACAGGGCCGAGAUCGUUCAGUAAUGAUACGGCGGUGAUCGGAAUCUUUGAGAGGGAGUGCGCUAAGGUGGACGGUUGCCGGCUCACGGUGGCUUACUCCAAUAAUCUCAGCGUUUGCGAGCAGGUGAAUCUGAUGAGUUUGACAGAUAUUCUAAUAUCUCCGCACGGUGCCCAGUUGACCAACAUGUUCCUAAUGGACAGAAACAGCAGCGUCAUGGAGUUCUUCCCCAAAGGGUGGCUCAAACUCGCCGGCGUAGGGCAGUAUGUCUACCACUGGAUAGCUAGCUGGUCCGGGAUGAGACAUCAAGGCGCCUGGCGUGAUCCAAACGGGGAAAAAUGCCCCUUCCCUGAAGAUGAUCGUCGCUGCAUGUCUAUCUUCAAGAGCGGCAAAAUUGGAUACAACGAGACCUACUUUGGUGAGUGGGCCAGAAAUGUUUUGAACGAGGUGAAAACUCUUAAGUUGGAGGAACAAGUCAACAGGAACAGCAGUACCACUUCUAGUACUUGGUGUGGUUGUCGCUGAUUUGCAUGAAUUCUGGAGCACAUAUCGUAAUCUAUGAACGUACGUACUUAAUUUUCUGAUUCAAAGAAAUUACUGUUUCACUUCAUCCGGCAGGCCAGAUUAAUCCAGAUUGUUGUUCUAGUCGAUCCAAGACAAGGAUGCAUGCUUAUCAUCAUGUGAUUCAUUUUCUCUGCAUCAUGAUGUAUUUCCCUCUUCCUCAAUUAUAUCAUGUAAAAGAUCAAAUGAAUAAAGAUUUUACCAAAUUCAUCUCAAA